AUGGCCCCUUCGGCCUCGGCUCCGGCAGCUGCAGUGAUUCAAACACAGCAGCAAAAGGCCUACGACAUUUUAUUCAAGGGUAAAGGAAAAGGUCCAUUGGCUGAGCGUUCAGUAGAGCAAGAGUGGUAUGCAUACAUUGCAGAGCCCACAGAUGGAUUUGUGGAUGCUAUCAUAUACUGGAAGGCAUCUCAGACCAGGUUUCCAGCCAUCUAUGCCAUUGCAAUGGAUAUUCUGCCUAUCCAAGCCUCUGCUGUGCCCUGUGAACAUGUCUUCUCAUCCGGAAAGAUAACAGUCACAGACCGGCGCAACAAAAUCGGUGGAGAACUCAUGGAAGCACUGCAAAUUCUCAAGUUCAGGUUCAAGCAAGGCCAUUCUCUGUCUUUCACACAUGGUUUGGACAUUGGAGAGGAGCUCAAGGACUUGGAGAGCCGUGCAGAAGAGUCUCCAGAGGAAAUCAGUUCAUAUUUAGCAUCACUCAAGUAG